ACAAUCGGCUUAGAAAUCCCGAGCCCUGCUCCGAUAUCAGCGACCGAUAGGACGAAUAACACAGACCGUUAAUUAUCACUAUUUUCUCGCCAUAUAUAAAUCGAAUCUAUUGUCAUUAAUAUUAAUAAUAUAAACUAUACGUUAUGUCUGAAUAGCUCGACAAAAUGAGAUGAGUCGGUCAUUUCGUUUGAUCGGGAGAUUUCAAUCGUUUAUUUUGGAAAGUUCGGAGAAACGGGCAACACGGUCGAGCUGAUUUAACGGUGAAUUUAAUGUUCAGCUGAAUGUUAUGGAUUUUUUUAUGGAACGCGGUGGGAAUAUCUUGCCCGAAUUCGGACGUUUUUAGGGUUUCUACGUUUUAAUUAUUUCUCGGGGUUCUCUUGAUAGGGUGAUAAGAUACAUGCGCGGGUGUCGGUGUUUUUAAAAAAUGGAUAUCUAAGAGAAGAGAGGGUUCAAGGCGUCCCAGGUCGUGCGAUGAUCGGCAAAAUUCUCGUUGGCUUUUGGUUACUGCGUUGGAUCGGCCUCCUAGCGGAUCCUGCUGCGGCGCAAGGAUGGCCGACACCUCUCCAGGAGUCUUUGGACGAGAAAAACGACGCCGAAAUCUUUAAGGCAGUCGUGGAGUCGAUGAGAGAAUGGGAGACUCACAGGAAAUACUCUCACAGGACGAAAAGGGAGGUCUCCAGGGUUUGCUACGAGGAUGUCGGUUGCUUCGAGGACACCGGCCCUUUUAGCUACCUGGAGAGGCUGCCAUCGCCACCGAAGGAUGUCGGAACCAGGUUCUUGGUGUAUGGAAGCAGGAAAGCAAGGUCCAUUCCCAUGGAGGUGCCAGCCGACGAUAUCAAUGAUAACGCCCAUCGAGCUAUAGAUCCCGAUCUUCCCACCAAAGUGAUCGUCCACGGCUUUGGAUCUGGCUGCGAGCAUGUCUGGGUCUACGAGAUGAGAUCCGCUCUCAUGUCGGUCCAGGAAUGUAACAUAGUCUGCGUCGAUUGGGGUCCAGGAAGUGCGAUGCCCAACUAUGUAAGGGCAGCAGCCAACACCAGACUAGUUGGACGACAGCUGGCCAAGCUGGUCCGCAAUCUUAAUGUACCUCUUGAUAAGGUCCACCUGAUAGGAUUCAGUUUAGGUGCCCACGUGGCAGGAUUCGCAGGUGCAGAGUUAGGCAACGUCUCCAGAAUCACAGGACUCGAUCCAGCGGGACCUCUUUUCGAGUCCCAGGACCCCAAGGCUCGAUUAGACGCCUCCGAUGCACGUUUCGUGGAUGUCAUCCAUAGUAAUGGCGAACAGCUGAUCCUGGGAGGCUUGGGAUCGUGGCAACCCAUGGGUCAUGUCGACUUUUAUCCCAAUGGAGGCAGGAUGCAGACAGGAUGCUCCAAUCUCUUCCUUGGAGCAGUCUCCGAUAUAAUCUGGUCCAGCGCAGUGGAGGGCAGGUCUUUGUGUAACCAUCGCAGAGCUUACAAGUUCUUCACCGAUUCCGUGAGUCCAAAAUGUCGGUUCCCGGCGUUUCCCUGUGACCAUGGCUACGAUGGGCUUCUUCGAGGGGACUGCUUCCCAUGCGGAGUUAACGGCGCUAACAAACAGUGCGGGGAUAUGGGGUAUUACAGUGACGUCUCACCUGGAAGAGGGCAACUCUACUUGGUGACCAGAGAUGAGGAGCCAUUUUGCGCUCAUCAGUACCAAGUCAAAGUUUACAAUAGUCGAGGAGAAAGACCUGCCAGGAGUUAUGGAAAACUUCAGCUGACCCUGGUGGGUGAAUCAUCCUUCAACGAGACCUUUACUAUGACUCGUAAAGACGACGAAGAGCUCCUCGUCGGCGCCAUUUUGCACAAGAUCGUCGUGCCGCAUCCCGCCAUCUUGAAUCUCGAGGCGAUUGAGAUAAAAUACACGGCCUACAGUGGGUGGAUCUCCUCAGGGCUGGUAUCUUGGAGCAUCGACAAGGUUGGAAUAGUGGACAGUUUCGGGAAGAGCUUGUCGAUCUGCAAACGAGGCCUUACCCUGGAAUCGGGCAGAUCGGUUUAUCUGCGACUUUAUCCUGGGGAAUGCAACAUUCCCCCAGAACCGGAGACCCAGUUCCCAGAGACGUCACAAAAGCCUUUCCUGGUGGAACAAUUUGCUCAGGACAAGCAGGGCGGCAUAGGGCCCUUCACAAAGGAGCAAAACUACGAGAAAGGAAGCUACAAGAUGGAAGUAAUUCCCAGCGAAAUCGCCCAACCUGAGAAAGGUCUUGGACCCUUUACAAAGGACCAGAACCCGGUCUUCGACGAGGAUUUCCAGCCACAAAACAUCUUCGGCAACGUCCAGAUCUUCUCCGGAGGUUCUGAGGGCGGUCAGUCAUCAGGUAAUCCUUGGUCCGUGGCUGAUCUGAACGACGGAGCCUCGAACUCCUUGGAGAACGUCGAGGGCGAAAAGGGCAGAGGCUUCUCCAACCCUAGAUUCUCCAGGAAGUCGUCGACCAUCGGUUCUCCAAAAUCCACGAGCACAACGGAUGGAUCUAAGGACAUCCAGGAGCCAGUUUUGCAGAAAAAGGAGACAGGUAGAUCGCUGAGGCUCCCAGAAAUCACAGAACCUGUGUUGAGACCAAGGGGUUCCAGGCAAAAUCCAAGUCCGCAGGACUCCGGGAAGAUACUGAAGAUUCAGGAUCCUGAUCCUUUCCCCAGAGGAUUCACCGUGCAGUUCCUUCCAGAGAGACUCGCCGGGAUUCUUGCUCAAGCUGAGAGAUACGCCAGGCAGACUUUGUUGCCUUUAAUCUCGCAGUAUACUCCUAGUUUCGUGGGAGGUACUCGAAGAGACGAGCCCAAAUAUUUCCCACCUUUGGGAGACAUUGCUGAAGUGACCCUGGAAGAUGUUACGAAGGGGUCCAGGGAGAGGGUCACGACUGAAAAAUCUGGGAAAAGUGGAAACGGGAGGGGAGAGGAUGCAGCCUCGCAGAGGAAGGCGAAGAACCAGGAUAACGGUCCAGUUUUUAUGGGGUCCAAGGACUCUUCAGGGUCUGAUGGCUCAUCUGGUGUCCAAAAUACCACCGCAAUGGUGGUCGAACUCUCGACCAGCUCUUCAGGGACUUCUAGUGUUAAUAAUCAGGGAGACGAAGACUGGGUGCCCGUAAGCAGGAAGACCAUCAUCGUCCCUGAGAACCUGAAGACGAGUAAACCGACUUCAACUCAAAGUCCGUCCAUUAUCAAGGAAUCCACAACGUUGAAGGCAAAAUACGAAAGCAAGUGGCUGAGCGAAGGCGAUGGAGGCUGGUCCUCACAACCUGAAGAGCAGGAUGCAGUUCUUGAAACGAAAAUCUCAGACUGGGCCCCAGUGACCGAUAAAUCGCCAGUCGACCUUGAGGACCAGCCAACCUCUUCGGCAACUCAAACCGAGAAGUCCGAAGAAAUGCCGAUGAAGAAACCAGAAGUUUCCACAGUUGGGCCCGGAAGAGAGAUCAUUAUUCCUCUCACGGGGGCGGAGGUGAAGAAGAGCAACGAUGACACCCUGAAGACUAGACACGGCAAAAACUCGACCGGAAGAGACGAGCGGAAAUACAUUCCUCUGGUGGACUUCGAGCACCCUGAUGAAUUCUUCGCCUCCACUGUCGACAAGGUCGACACAGAACAUUCUAAACAAGAUUUGUCGACCAGCACGGAGACUGUUUCCCAUAUCCAGAAAAUCCCUACGACUGCUGGGAGCAAAUCUACUACCAAAAGUCAGCCCGUCAUGAGAACCAUAGUCUUCCCAUACGCUUACGAGAAGCAGAAGGACCCCAGGACGAGGUACAUCCCCCUAAUCCCUGAAGAAGACAUGGGAAAACCCUUUUCAGACACGGAAAGGGACCGAUAAGAGGUCGGCGACCCUGAUCACCGUGUGAUCAAUUUUAAUCGCGAAAGCGGAGAGAGCUUACUCGAAGUUGUUCAUUUUCACGAGAAUCUACUGGAAUUACAUGCUAAAACGUCCCGAACAUUAUUGCGGUGUUUACUGUUUACGAUUUGACACUUGAUUUCAAAUAAAGUUGUUUAAA